GCAGAAUCCUCCGGCCACAGCUCGCACCGGCGGUGUCUGGGCUCCAGGUCCCGACUGAGAGAUCGCUGAGCUGCGCAGGGCCCCGCCCCGGGCUCCAUUGUUGAGGCAGCGGGCGCUCCGCGGGCUGCGCUCCUCUCGGCCGUCCAGUGCUCACGAGCCACUGAAUCCUGAGCAAUGGAAGAGUUAAUAGUUGAACUCCGCCUCUUUCUGGAGCUCCUGGACCACGAGUACCUCACAUCAACUGUCAGAGAGAAAAAGGCUGUGCUCACCAACAUCCUGCUGCGCCUGCAGUCAUCCAAGGGCUUUGAAGUGAAGGACCAUGCUCAGAAGGCAGAGGCCAACAACCUGCCGGCACCACCCCAGAUGCCUCUGCCGGAGAUCCCUCAGCCAUGGCUGCCUCCUGACAGCGGGCCUCCGCCUUUACCAACGUCCUCUCUCCCAGAGGGUUACUAUGAGGAAGCCGUGCCGCUGAGCCCUGGGAAAGCUCCAGAGUACAUCACCUCAAAUUAUGACUCUGAUGCCAUGAGCAGUUCCUAUGAGUCAUAUGAUGAAGAGGAAGAGGACGGGAAGGGGAAGAAAACUCGGCAUCAGUGGCCGUCAGAGGAGGCCUCUAUGGACCUGGUGAAAGACGCCAAGAUCUGUGCCUUCCUGCUGCGCAAGAAACGCUUUGGCCAGUGGACCAAGCUGCUCUGCGUCAUCAAAGACACCAAGCUGCUGUGCUAUAAAAGUUCCAAGGACCAGCAGCCUCAGAUGGAGCUGCCGCUGCAGGGCUGCAGUAUCACAUACAUCCCGAGAGACAGCAAGAAGAAGAAACACGAGCUGAAAAUCACCCAGCAAGGCACAGACCCUCUGGUUCUAGCUGUUCAGAGCAAGGAACAGGCUGAGCAGUGGUUGAAGGUAAUCAAAGAAGCCUACAGUGGCUGUAGCGGGCCCGUGGAUCCGGAAUGUUCUCCACCACCCAGCACCAGCGCCCCCGUGAACAAGGCAGAACUGGAGAAGAAAUUGUCUUCAGAGAGGCCCAGCUCUGAUGGAGAAGGUGGUGUGGAAAACGGAGUCACCACGUGUAAUGGAAAAGAACAAGCAAAGAGGAAGAAACCUUCCAAGUCAGAGGCCAAGGGGACUGUGUCCAAGGUCACUGGGAAGAAAAUUACCAAGAUCAUCGGUCUGGGAAAGAAGAAGCCAUCCACAGAUGAGCAGACAUCAUCAGCAGAGGAGGAUGUGCCCACUUGUGGCUACCUGAAUGUGCUCUCUAACAGCCGCUGGCGGGAGCGCUGGUGCAGAGUGAAGGACAGCAAACUCAUUCUCCACAAGGACAGGGCUGACCUGAAGACCCACCUCGUCUCCAUCCCCCUCCGUGGCUGCGAGGUGAUCCCGGGCCUGGAUUCUAAGCACCCGUUGACCUUCCGGCUGCUUCGAAACGGACAGGAGGUGGCUGUUCUAGAGGCAUCAUCGUCUGAAGACAUGGGCAGGUGGAUUGGCAUCUUGCUGGCUGAGACGGGGUCCUCCACGGACCCAGGAGCGCUGCACUACGACUACAUCGAUGUGGAGAUGUCAGCAAAUGUCAUCCAGACGGCGAAACAGACCUUCUGCUUUAUGAACAGGCGGGCAGUGUCCACUAGCCCAUACCUGGGGAGCCUCUCCAACGGCUACGCCCAUCCCAGUGGGACAGCACUACACUAUGAUGACGUCCCCUGUGUCAACGGCUCGUGGGACAUGGAUGGCGGCUUUCCUGGCUGUGUGAGCAGAGGCCCAGUGGAAGAGGUGCUUUAUGAUAACGCGGGCCUCUACGAUAACUUGCCAUCGCCGACAAUCUUUGCUCGCUCCUCUCCUGCUGACCGGAGGGCAUCUCGGCCACCCACUGACAGGCUGUCCUCUAACCACUACAAAUCCCCCACCUCCUGCAGCCCACCCUGCUCCCCAUCUGUCACUAACACCUCUUCUGUGGGGAGGGCAUCUCUCGGGCUGCACUCCCAGUUGAAGAACAAAAAACCGCCAGCGUCAUCUAAUGGGGUUCCUGUAAAGGGGAAGGCUCCCAGCAGUCAGCAAAAAAAGGUGGAAACUGCAGGUGGUGUGAAACGGACAGCAUCAAAUGCUGAGCAGUACAAAUAUGGGAAGAACCGGGUAGAAGCAGAUGCCAAGCGGUUACAGUCCAAAGAGGAAGAGCUGCUGAAGAGGAAAGAGGCCCUACGGAACAGGCUGGCACAGCUGCGGAAAGAGAGGAAGGACCUGAGGGCCGCCAUCGAAGUGAAUGCAGGCAGGAAGACCCAGGCAGCUCUGGAGGACAAGUUGAAGAGGCUGGAGGAAGAGUGCAAGCAGAGGGAGGCGGAGCGUGUCAGCCUGGAGCUGGAGCUGACCGAGGUCAAGGAGAGCCUGAAGAAGGCCUUGGCGGGUGGCGUCACCCUAGGACUGGCCAUCGAGCCCAGGUCAGGGACAUCCAGUCCACAGUCUCCUGUGUUUCGGCAUCGGACUCUGGAAAAUUCUCCCAUCUCCAGCUGUGAUACAAGCGAUGCUGAGGGGCCUUUGCCUGUGAACAGUGCAGCCGUCCUGAAGAAGAGCCAGCCGUCCUCAGGCAGCUCCCCUUGCCGUGGCCACGUGCUGCAGAAGGCCAAGGAGUGGGAGCUGAAGAAUGGGACAUAGAGGGAGCCCAGCCACGCCCAGAGACUGUGUACUGCCACCAGCCUCGCGUGUGACACGUGUGCCUCCCAGAGUGGCCUGAACAUGACCACAGAAGUUUGGACGAGUCUGACGCUGACCCUUGGCUGGCUUGCGUGCACGCUUUCUACUGUAUGACGGUGCCCUUUAGGAAAGUUUACUUUAAAACUUUGGUGUCCAAAUUUACUUGUUAAGAAGCAGAAAUGAAAGGGGUUGACAAGCUGUUUUGAGGUGCCCUCUAGCAGAUGGGGCGGUUCUGGGGAUCUCAGCUCAGCUCCAGCCCAUGGACCGUGCACCCCUGUGAGACAGGGUGGCCUGAGCCUUCCCCGUGUGCGGUCAGAGCUGCGUACCUCACCCUGUUUGCCAGAGGGUCCUACUCUGCAGCAGCAUGAGCUCCUGUGUCUCUGCACACCCCGCCCCCUCCCGCCUGUCCCCUGUCAAUGGAGGUGAAGCCAUGAGAAAUAGGGCUGUGAAGAUUCAGUUUUGGUUUUGGACAAAAAUCUUUUGUCACCAGGAUAGAGAAGUUGUCAUUCUUUUUACCAGUGUUUUUUCAUGUUUGCUUUUAAAGAAAAUGCCUCUCCCCUCCUCCUUUUUUUUUUUUUUUCUUUUUUUUUCUUCAUGUGCUAUGCUUGGACAUUAGGGACUUUUCAGAGACCCUGUUUCCUCCCAGUUUAUGAUGUACUUUGAGAGUCAGCACAGAGCUUUCAGUCGUUGGGUAGCAUGUGCCCCUUUCUCCUGGCCUGAGACCCCAGCUUCCUGGGUUGCCGGGCAGGAACUCCUCAGCCCAGGAAGCACAUUGGCCACCAUCUGCCUGUGGAUUUAACAGAGUGGGGUCUAGAACCUAUAGUUUAACCUGGGCCAUCUUUGAACAGAGACGAUCCUUCCAGAGCACCUUCCUCCAGUUACAGUUGAAGCUGUGCAUCAUGGAUGCACUCCCAUGCUGAGGUUCGGAUUGUGCGGGCCCUCCCACUCUCCUGCGCUCACCCCUGUGCACUUGGUAGGACAGUUCAGCUGCUUAGGAUGUGCUGUCUACAGCUCAUGGGGCUAGCCUCUACCCUAGGGGGUUGAGUGUCAAACUGGCGUUUUGGACUUCCCUGUAACAGUCCAAACCUUUCCACCAUGGGUAGAUGCAGGCAGUGACCUGGAAGUUAGGCAUCUCUGCAGACUUGUACAGGACCAGUUAUACAUGGGUGAGAACCUGGUGAUGCUGUACCAAGGGCACGCCUUCCCAUCACAGCCCAGAAUGUCCUUAGCACACACAUAAGGAGUCUCCCAGGCUCUCCGUAGUGGUGCCUUUAGGGUCUUCUCUGGGCAGCCUUCAUGGCCAUGAUUGAUGCUCUGUGCUUGAGCCCUGAAGCAGCUACCUUGGAGUCACCAAAGAGCAGCAAGGUGGCCACCAGGGUAUAGGGACAUCACAGUGUACAUGGAAGCUGCUUAGCUGAAAGUCUGUCCCAGACUAGCCCAGUGUAAGACACUUGCCAGCUGUCUAAUGGUGCUUUGCUCUAGUGCCUUCCUCCAAAGGGCAGUUAGGAUUCCUCAUACCAGCAUCUGUGUGGGCUAGUUUCUGCCAGGAAACUGUGUAGGACCAGGAUGAGGGAUGCAGCCUCCACACACGCCAGCCUGUUCAUGGAGCCCCUUGGGUCAUCACAGGGAGCUGUGACCAUUCCAUGCUCUGAAAGGGAAGAGACGUUAAUGUGCCGUAGACUUCUGCUGCUUUGGGUCUCAGAGCAGUGCUUUUGGCCACUCUGAUAGCAGCCUGCUUUGCCAGGAAAGCUGUUCCAGGCUUUGAUUGUUACCAAAACAAGGAGAAAAUGUCCAGUUUAACAGCCAACCCUGGCCAGCAUAGAGGGACACAGUGAAGUAUCAUGUCCAGCAAAUAAGCCUCAGAUGAGUUUAUCCUGAUGAAGACACAGCAGGUUCUAGGCUCCUGGUGUUCCUAAUUUGUGCUGAAAAACCCAGCCUUGUCAUCCAUUCAACUGUGGAGGAACUGUAAGUUCCUCAGCGCCAUAUAAAGUAGGUCCCGGGGAAGGUAAGGCUCCCAACACAGGGCUCCAACAUCCUGGGCUCCCAUUAAUGUUCUUAGAUUUGGUCAGAAAGCUAGUUGAGAGAGCAUUUGUUUCAAAAUAAGUUAUUUAUUUGUAUAUGUUCAAUAAAUAGAGUUUUAAUUUAUAUAUGUACAUAUUAGGCACCCAUGAUCCUGUCAGGAUUCUCAGUGUUCUCAUUCUAUGACCCUCCCAAAGCCACUAGCAUGACCCCAGCCAUCGAUGACACAGGUUUGCCUUGUGUGGAGCCCGGUAAGCAGAGGGCUGAACCCUUUUUGUGAGCAAUCAGGUCCUCUGGAUCAUGGGAGUUGCUCCUCCUCUCUUUGUCUGAGGCCACAAUGUUUCUAGGGGUCUACUUUUUGUUACAAUUUGGCAAGUUGUCAUCAGCUUUCACAAACCCCUCUACUUUUUUUUUAUUUAUUUAUCCCCCCACCCCACACACACACAAAGGGUUUCUCUGUGUAGUCCCGGCUGUCCUGGAACUCACUCUGUAGACCAAGCUAGCCUCAAACUCAAAAAUCCGCCUGCCUCUGCCUCCCAAGUGCUGGGAUUAAAGGCGUGCACCACCACCGUCAGGCAAACCCCUCUACUUUUAUGCCCGUUUACUAACUAACCAUUUGCUUACAAAUAUCCUGCUGGCCUGGGGACUUGCUAUGGUCCCUAUCUUGGGCAUGGGGGUGGGACCCUCAGUGUCACACAAUCUCAUUUACCAGUGUUCUUGCAAUGAUGAGCUUGGGUCACAUGGACUCUUCCAGAAUGCUUGCUGCUCCCCUGCCUCGUGUGUCAGUGUCCAGUCCCUUCCCCAUGCAUGCCUUGGUCCUGCCUCACCCACCCUUCCUCCUCAUCUGUCCACUACCCCAAUUUUGGCUGUUUCUGUGUCCGCAUGUCCAUGCUGAUGGGACUUUUAGAAAAUCUGCUUUGGAAAGCAAUGUCCCAGGCCCUGAGGCCAUGGAGGAAGGUUUCUGCUAUGUGGGGGACUGCAGUUCCCAGGUAGAAUUCACCAGCAGGCAGCAGCAGGGGUGUCUCUGGCCUCUCCUCCCAAAGGCCAGGGACAGCCUCCCCUGUCACUGACCUCCACCCUGUGCUCUGGGGAUACUUGAGCCAAGUCAUUUACAUCUACUCUCACCAGCACCUGCAAGGUCCAUUCUAUGGGUGAGGCAACAUCAAAAUGAGUGAUCUUCCUCUCCAUUUUUCUUUUCUAAAGUAAUUUUGAGUCAGAAACAUUUCAAAUUCAUGACAUAGUUUUUAUAGAAGCAAUUGAAUGUCUGGGUCUUCUUCCCACUGACUUACUACUAGUCACACCAGAGAGCUGGGUUUCUACUGUGAAAUAAACUGAAAAUAACCCCCCUGUGCUGUACGCACACCGCCCAGCCCCAUGGCCAUGGUCCUGGCGUGGGAAGCCCACUCCUCAGUUUUGAGGAAUACCCUUUGCCAGUAGGGGGGGACACACCACUGUGGUCUCUGGAAACCUGGGUUUCCCACACGCCAGAUUGGAUUAGCCUUUCAAAGUGGUGUCUUUAGUUCAUAAUUCAUAGGGACCAAAGCUGUUUUUAAUAUGAUAAUUGAUUUUCUAACAAAGGUUUACUCUACAUUCUAACACCAGUUUUUUGUUUUUUUUUUUUACAUUCUAGAUAUUCCAAAUCAAUUGCUCGUGGCUCUAAGUUGUAAAAUGUUUUCACGUUAUGAAUGUAAUUAUUUCCUUAAUGUAUUUUUAAAAAAAAACUAAAAUCAUAUUUAAAAUAAUCUUGGAAAGACACAGGCAAAGAAAAGAGAAAGUUUGUUUUUUGGGGUUUUUUUGUUUGUUUGUUUGUUUUAGUUAACUAUGUUGGUAGCCCAUUUGAAAUGACUGUAAAUAUAUCUUGAUUGUGUAGCUCAAUGUAUUUAAUUCAGAAAGUAAAAUUUUUUUUUAUGUAAAGAGACUUGCAAUGAAAGAUCCUAGUUUUCAGUCCACGUCCCCCAUCUCAUAGUCCCUUCACCCGACCUUUCUGCUCUACAAACUGAUUUUUUUCUACUGUUGUUUAACUGUGUACCCAUUGACUGGCGCCCAUUGGCGGAACUUGUUUGUGUAUUAAUAAAACUGUGCUGUGUGGCCCAGCCUCAUGUCCUCCUGACAGUGGCUCAUGGCACAGGAGAUGUCCGUA